CAGAAUCCUCUCUGAGGCACUUGUAGGGAGGGGGCGCUCUCCUUCUCGUCGUCCUCCCGUCCGGUGCAUUCUGACGUUGCGCGGCGGGGAGGGACGGCCCAUUAGCGGCCGCUGGGACGGGGGCUCCCAACAUGUCCGUGCUGCUGGCUGCGCUCGGACUGCGAGAGCAGAGGACGGUCAAGGGAGAGGCUGCUGCGUGACGAGGAGGAGAGAGGCGGAGGCGACGACGACUCGAGCCUUAACCUAACCCCGACCCGGCGCCUUAGUUGGGGGAGACGGAGGCCUGCCUGCGCGCGUGGGUACGGGGGCUUCUGGUCGAGCGAGGAGUCUGUGGCGCCAGGAUAUUCCGAGUUAAAGUAAAUGUUGCAUCCUGCAUUACCUGAAGUCUUUCAAGCUUAAUCUGUUCCUGUUGGCUGAAGGAAUGUAAACCCCUAAGAAUUUAGAUCUGUGCAAAAAUUGGCAGAAGUGCAGUUAACAGAUUCCUUUGCAAAUUAAGUAAACAUGGGUGCAUUUUUGGAUAAACCAAAAACUGAGAAGCAUAAUGCUCAUGGGACAGGAAAUGGGCUGCGCUAUGGCCUCAGCAGUAUGCAAGGAUGGAGAGUGGAAAUGGAAGACGCUCACACAGCUGUUGUAGGAAUUCCUCAUGGUUUGGAGGACUGGUCCUUCUUUGCUGUUUAUGAUGGUCAUGCAGGAUCGCGUGUGGCAAAUUACUGCUCCAACCACUUAUUAGAACACAUCACUAACAAUGAAGACUUCAGGGGAACAGAGCAGCCCGGCUCUGCUCUUGAACCAUCAGUGGAAAAUGUAAAGAGUGGAAUCAGAACUGGCUUUUUGAAAAUUGACGAAUACAUGCGCAAUUUUUCAGACCUCAGAAAUGGCAUGGACAGGAGUGGUUCAACAGCGGUGGGAGUUAUGAUUUCACCUGAGCACAUUUACUUUAUCAACUGUGGAGACUCGCGUGCUGUUCUCUAUAGGAAUGGACAAGUCUGUUUUUCAACACAGGAUCACAAGCCUUGCAAUCCAAGGGAGAAGGAGCGAAUCCAGAAUGCAGGAGGGAGUGUCAUGAUUCAGCGCGUUAAUGGCUCGUUAGCAGUUUCUCGUGCUCUGGGGGAUUAUGACUACAAAUGUGUUGAUGGCAAAGGUCCUACAGAACAACUUGUUUCUCCGGAACCUGAGGUUUAUGAAAUUGUAAGAGCAGAAGAAGAUGAGUUUAUUGUCUUGGCUUGUGAUGGAAUCUGGGAUGUAAUGAGCAAUGAGGAGCUCUGUGAAUUUGUUAAGUCUAGGCUUGAAGUAUCGGAUGAUCUGGAAAAAGUGUGCAAUUGGGUAGUGGAUACUUGUUUACACAAGGGAAGUCGUGAUAACAUGAGUAUUGUUCUAGUUUGCUUUUCAAAUGCUCCUAAGGUCUCAGAUGAGGCAGUGAAAAGAGAUGCAGAAUUGGAUAAGCACUUGGAAUCACGGGUGGAAGAAAUUAUGGAGAAGUCGGGUGAAGAAGGAAUGCCUGAUCUUGCUCAUGUAAUGCGCAUUUUGUCUGCAGAGAAUAUUCCAAACUUACCACCAGGAGGUGGUCUAGCUGGCAAGCGAAAUAUUAUUGAAGCUGUUUAUAACAGGCUGAACCCACACAGAGAGAAUGAUGGGGGUGCUGGCGAUCUAGAAGAUCCAUGGUAGCCUUACAGAUCUACUAAAAUGCUUUUGAAUCUGAAAAAUGGGGGGAAAAACUUUCAAUCAGUUUUCUUCAAUACAAAGGAAAAAUUCUGGUGGAUUUCCAACAUUUUGAGAAAUGGGCAGAAAGAAAUUAUUAGGAUUUUCCAUCAUUUGUUCAUAUUUGUGUUUUCUGAUAUUGCCACUCUUAGCAUUGCCUGUACUACAGUAUUUUUACCAGCCUUGGGCAUAUUGGUUACAUCUUUAUGGAGCCUGAGCCCUAAAAACCAAGGAAGGAAUAAUGCUGGGAGCACAUCACUAAAUGUACAUAAAGUACCAUGGGAUUUUAGUUGUACUCUGAAGACACACUAUGUUUAACAAAACUUACAAUAAAUGCACGAUUGAGUGCAAAUAAUUGUAAUGAGACACUUACUUACUUCACCUUACCAAGAUGGAAGGCUUUUGCAGCUCUGGGCUUGGAAGUCAUUUCAGUUGGGCAAUAUGCUAUAGGAUGUGUAUUUCUUUUUUUAAUUUUCCAGAUUUACCUGUAUUACCAGACUGUUAGGUUUUUCCCUACAGUGUCCAAAUUGUGAUACGUUGCCUACUGCUUGCUUAAGAUAAAGUGUAUUUGGCAAUAAUAUAAGAAGAUUUUAGGCAUCUAAAACCAAUAAGAAUUUUACGCAUGUGUAUAACACAUCCUUAAACUCUUGCUAGAAGAAAUAUUUUUAAACCAAACAACUUAAUUUAUGGUUAGUUGUAAUUUGCUUUGACAUCUCACUCAUUGCUGCAGUUUUUUUAAUGCUGAAUAUUUGCCUUUAUUAUAAUGUAAAUUGUGAUUUUGUUCUAAAUGUGGUUUUCUAUAGUUUUUUCCCUUUGAUUUCUAUCAGCUUAAAAAAGGUCUUGAGUAAUAUGGGUAUACUUUUUAAUUGUUUGCAUUAUUUACAAAGUUCAAAUUAUCACUUUGAGAUUACUAUAAAUACAGCUAAAAUUAUCUAUUUUAAAUCUAAGAAAAUAUUAGAGAUAUUUUCAUGGGUUCAGUGACCUUUCAUUUUAUAAGCAAUGGGCAUGGUACAGAGUGGCCGUCAUGUAAGGUACUUGAAGAUUCUUAGUUUAAUUCUAUUUUUGCAAUAACCUUAUUUUUUCUUAAUUCUUUUGAGUUGUGCAUGUAUUGAGUCCAGUUAAUGCUGAAAGUGGAGAAGAGUAAAGUAUUUAUCUAAAAAGUAAAUAAAUAAAAGCUAUUUGGGAGGGGAAACAAUGAAUGUAUCCAUCUGUACAUGAUUUACAUGCUGUGGAUGCCUUGUAAACAUUUUCCUAUUUGUUUAAAACUGUGUUUCAACGAGGAUGUAAUUGCCCUUGUGUGUAGUUUAAGCUAACGACAGUCAUCAACUGGUUUUGUGUGAAAUUCAUGGUAUUUUUCUGUAGCUUCUCCCCAUACACACACUUGAGUGUAGAUCCAUGUACACUCUUAUAACCUGGUGCCUAUAGCCAGCUUCCCUGAUCAUUUGGUUCAUUGUGUAUCUGAUUUGGGGUGGGGGUGGGGAGGGUCUAGAGAGGAUUAUUGCCACAAUAUAUUUUAUUUAUUCAUUAGAUUUUAGCCUUGUAAGUUAAAGUGUUCUAAAUGAUGAUGUUAACAGGUAUUUGUCCCUACUGGGUUUUUUGGGGGGGUUGUUUAAAAGCUAGGGAAUGAAGAAUGCAAAAUGGUUUAUUGUUCAGACUGUCUGCUCUGGUCCAAUCCUGUACUGAUAGUACCUUCCCAGUAUGAUAUUGUGAUGUUUCAUACAAUACAGUGAACAUAACCAACUUGUUAUCUUCAAUAAAGGAUUGCUAAAACAGUGA